UUCUUUCCAUGUAUACGUUUUUAAAGAUUCAUAUAAGAGAAUGAAAGAUUCUUGUUUCAUCAGAGAAAGAAGGAGUUCGAGAGGAAGAAGAACAGAGGGAAAGAGGAAGGAAUUGCUACUUACAUGUCAAGUUUCCUUUGGAAGAAAACCUCUCUUCACACUCAACUCUUAUCCUACCUUACCAUGGCCUCCUCUUUCUUCUUAUUCUUCUUCAUCCUUCACUUCAUCUCCUUCUUAUUUAUAGGUUUCAUUCACCACUUCCACUUCACCUCGUCUGAUCAAAGCUCCGACUGUUCCUCCUCCCCAUGGCUUCUCUCCCUCUGCAGCUCCUCCUCCUCCUCCUCUCCCUCCUCUUCUCUUCCACUGCAUCGAACCGGACUCCUCGGCCUUAUGUUGUUUACAUGGGGAGUUCAUCUGGUGAAGCCAGAGAGGAUGUGGAGGCUGCAGAGCUUUCUCAUCUGCAAAUGCUCUCCUCCCUCAGCUCAAGGCAAGAGAAUGACGAGAAGAGAAUUCUAAUCCACCAUUACUAUCAUGCUUUUAGAGGGUUCUCUGCUCUGCUUACAGAGGAUGAAGCUUCUGUUUUGUCUGGGCACGACAAUGUAGUAUCGGUAUUCCCCGAUCCAGUUCUGCUGCUCCACACGACGCGCUCCUGGGACUUCCUCGAAGUGGGCUCCAGGGAGCGGGCAAAAAGGAGAUACCAGCACCCGUCAAACGAUGUCAUUAUCGGGAUCAUAGACACAGGGAUUUGGCCCGAGUCUCCGAGCUUCAGCGAUGAGGGAGUCGGAGAGAUCCCUUCGAGGUGGAAGGGGACUUGCAUGGAAGGAUCCGAUUUCAAGAAGUCUGAUUGCAACAGGAAGUUAAUAGGAGCGAAAUACUACAAUACAGAGCCAACCUCCAAUGGGAACAAGACCCAUUUGACAAGGCCAGGGGGCUCACCUAGGGACUCUGUGGGCCAUGGAACACACACGGCCUCCACAGCAGGUGGGGCCCCUGUGGCCAAUGCCAGCUACUAUGGCUUGGCCCAGGGCACAGCUCGGGGUGGUUCACCAUCGACUAGAAUCUCUAGCUACAAGGCAUGUACAGAAGAUGGCUGCUCUGGUUCCACCAUCCUCAAGGCAAUAGACGAUGCCAUUAAGGAUGGAGUUGAUAUCAUAUCAAUCUCUAUUGGCAUGAACUCACUGUUCCAGUCUGAUUACCUGAAUGACCCGAUCGCCAUAGGGGCAUUCCAUGCUGAGCAAAUGGGUGUAUUGGUGGUUUGCUCUGGUGGGAAUGAUGGGCCCGAGCCUUACACUAUAGUUAAUUCAGCUCCCUGGAUCUUUACAGUUGCAGCGUCUAGUAUCGACAGGGAGUUCCGAUCUACAGUUGUUCUAGGGAAUGGUAGGAAAUUCCAGGGAUCUGCAAUCAGUUUUUCAAAUCUCACCAGCUCGGAGAUGUACCCUAUUGUCUUUGGAGAGAAAGCUGCUGGUAACUUCACCCCUGCAUAUGAAGCCAGGAAUUGCUAUCCCGGAUCAUUAGAUCCAAGUAAAGUUGCAGGUGCAAUUGUUGUUUGUAUUGACACAGAUCCAAGCCUGUCCAGACGAAUUAAGAAGUUGGUGGUAGAAGAUGCCCUAGCUAAAGGAAUAGUCUUGAUCGAUGAGGAUGAGAAAGGUAUACCCUUUGAUUCAGGUGUUUUCCCCUUCGCACAAGUGGAUCAUGUUUCAGGGCUCAAGAUUCUCAAGUAUAUGAAUUCAACAAAGUUUCCAACAGCAACAAUCCUUCCAACAACUGAGGUUUCGAACUUUAGACCAGCACCAAUUGUUGCAUAUUUCUCUUCAAGAGGUCCCAGUGGACUGACAGAAAACAUUCUCAAGCCAGACAUAAUGGCUCCAGGAGUUGCCAUUUUAGCUGCUGUGGUUCCCAAGAAUGAAACUGGGAGUGUUCCCAUAGGGAAGAGGCCAUCUGGGUAUAGCAUAAAAUCGGGAACGUCAAUGGCUUGUCCUCAUGUCACCGGAGCGGCUGCUAUUAUUAAAUCUAUUCAUAGUGGAUGGACUUCUUCAAUGAUCAAGUCAGCCCUUAUGACUACAGCAAUUGUGGACAAUAACAUUGGCCAGCCUUUAACGAACAGCUCAGGUUUGUUCACAAACCCACACGAGAUGGGUGUCGGGGAAAUAAGUCCGUACGGAGCUCUCCACCCGGGACUAGUGUUUGAGACCACCACAGAGAAUUACCUUCACUUCCUCUGCUACUACGGCUAUUCAGAGAAGAACAUAAGGGCAAUGUCCAACACUCACUUUAACUGCCCUAAGAACUCUGUCGAUGAGCUCAUCUCCAACAUCAACUACCCUUCGAUCUCCAUCGGCAAGCUCAACAGGCAUGGGCCUGUCAAGAACCUGAGGAGGACCGUGACGAAUGUGGGCCCUGCAAAUUCCACGUACGUUGCCAGCAUUCAUAGCCCCAAGGGACUGACUGUGAAGGUUGAUCCCGAGACGAUUGCAUUUAACCGGAGCGUGAGAAGGGUGUCUUACAAUGUCUCUUUUAAUGGCAAGGAGGCUCCUUCAGGGUACAGUUUUGGGUCCGUGACAUGGUCUGACGGUCGUCAUUUUGUUCGUACCAUUUUUUCUGUGAACGUCGAGUGAUUUUCGAAGCUUUUACGAUAGGGAAGGAAAAGCAAAACAGUUUGAUCUUAUAGAGAAAUUUUUUUAGCUUUAUUCUUCAACGUUAUAUGCAAUCGUGCACGAAUUCUGUUUUCUUUUUCC